AUGAAUAAGGGCCAGUGUGUGACUAAGUACUACCGUUGGAUCCAGAAGAACGGAGGCUACAUCUGGAUCCAGUCCAGCGCCACCAUCGCCAUCAACGCCAAGAACAACAACGAGAAGAACAUCAUCUGGGUCAACUACGUCCUCAGUAACCUGGAGUACAAGGACACGCCCAUUGACAUUGCCCAGCUUCACAACCUGCCAGAGAAGACGUCAGAGUCCUCGGAGACGUCCGACUCAGAGUCUGAGUCCAAGGAGAACUCCGACAACGAGAACUCCAAGUCAGGCGGUAAGGGGAACCAUUCGGAGCACAGCGAGGACCCGGAAACAGACAGCAAGAAGCAGCCCCAGCAGCCUGGACAGUCCUCCUCGGAGCAAGAGAUGAGGCGCCAGGAGGAGGGCGACAGCUCCAGCAAUCCAGAGAGCCAGGACAGCGAGGACCUGGACCAGGACAGCCUGGAGCCCUCCGACUGCGAGGGGGAGGCCCAGGGGGCCAGGCUGGACAGGCUGGGGGGCCUGGGAGGGCUGGGAGCCCUGGGGGGAAUUGGGGGAUUAGGGGGCAUAGGGGGGGUGGGGUCCAUGGGGAGCCUGGGAGGGCUGCACAUCAAGGUGGAGCACUAUGGAGAUGGAGACGGGGUGGAGCUACGCCACGCGCCCUCCUCCUCCUCUGAAGAGGAAGAGGAUGAGGAUGAGGACGAGGACGGUGACAGCGUGAAAGACUGCGACAGCAUAGCAGAGAUGGCCGCCAGCAAGCACCAGAAGAGGAGGAAAAGGAGGAAAAAACAGAAGUGGGACGGCGGACGCAGCAGGAGGCUCCGCCUCUCCUCGGCCACGCCCAGCCCAGGCGCCAUGGACGCCGCCCUGGGGGAGCCGCCCCUCCUCCCGCCCCCCUCCCCCUCCAGCGCCUCCGUCCUCAAGAUCAAGACGGAGAUGUCGGAGCCCAUCAACUUUGACAACGACAGCAGCAUCUGGAACUACCCGCCCAACCGGGAGAUCUCCAGGAACGAGUCGCCCUACAGCAUGACCACCAAGCCUCCCCCGGGGCCGCCCCCUGCCCCUGAACCCUACCCCUCCCCUCAAGGCUCCUCCCUCCAGGUGCCCAUCCCCGACUCCGUCCUAACCCCCCCUGGCACCGAGGGAGGGGCCGGAGGCGUGAACAGGAAGCAGGUCUACAACGCUGGCUCAGCCCCUUCUUCCGCCUCCAGCGUGGCCAGUUUAGCCCCGCCCCCCUCCAGCUCCUCCUCCUCCGACCCGCUAUCUCCGCCCCUCUCGGCGUCUCCACGCGACAAGCAGCAGCUAACGCCCACCACCUCCUCCUCCUCCUCCUCCUCCCUCCUCUACUCCAACGACCUCGAGGCCCUUCAGCGCCUGCAGGCCGGGAACGUCGUCCUCCCAUUGGUCCACCGCGUCACGGGCGCCCUUGCCGCCACCAGCCCCUCCUCCACGGUCUCCGCCCCCCGCGUGUACACCACAGGCACCAUCCGCUACGCCCCGGCCGAUGUGACCCUGGCCAUGCAGGGGAACCUGCUCCCCAACACACACGCCAUGAACGCCUUCGUGGACGUGAACGCCCCCGGCUUUGGCCUGGACCCCAAGACCCCCAUGGAGAUGCUGUAUCACCACGUCCACCGCAUCAACAUGUCGGCCGCCGCCGCCGCCGGCCCCUUCGGCUCGGCGGCGGGGAGCGGCGGCGGCCUGGGCCAGAUGCAGGCUGGGAACGUGUUCACCACGGCCGAGGGCCUGUUCUCCACGCUGCCCUUCCCCGUGUACAGCAACGGCAUCCACACCACUCAGACGCUGGAGCGCAAGGAGGACUGAGGCCCGGCACCCACGACCAUGUGACUGUGUUCCACUGUGUUGACAGAACAAACAAGCAAAAGACUCUUGACUUUUUAUUUUGAGGCAAAAGACUGUGUUUUGAAAUGGGGGGGGGAAGGAAACCAUGUAUUCUAGCACUUUGAAUUUGAGCAAUUGAGCUUGUGUAAUAGAAAUGAAUGCCCCCUCUCCUCCUCGCCCUCCUCCUCUCCCUCCCAUGUCACUCUUGCUCUCUUUCACUACUCCUCUCUCAGUCUCUCCAUCUUUACUUCCCUUUCUUCAAUCAAUGAACAUUUUCUCUGAAACAAACUUAAUGGACUAUUCUUUGUUGUAAAGAAUCCCUUUUUUGCCUACAGAGAAUCCUAGCUGUCCGGAGGCCCUCUAGAGCCUCAGGUGAACUCUUCUUGUUAUUUGAGUUGAUAAUGUAGCAUCUUUGUGAAGGUGCCCUGUGUAUUUAAGGUGAAGGUUCAAGAUGUUUGAGAAGAGGGAAAUCCUACUGGGUUGGCUGUCAAGGCUACACAAACACUAAAGGAAGUUAACCUGUCUGACAAGGUAUAAGACAUAAUCUUGAAACAAGAUGUUAGGGUUAUUUCUCAAUAAGGGAAUAGUAGUUUAGACGUUAAUGCUUUUUUUUCUUUUUGUUUUUGUUUUCAUGUAGCUCAGUUUUUCACUUUCGAAUCAAGCAUUUAAAAGCAAUUUUCAUCCGGGCGUUGACCUGUGAAUAGAAUGUUACUUCUCUCCUCCUUCUACUAGUUCUGUUUGUGAUCCAGAACUCUAGAAAUGGUCAGCACCAGAUCUAUCCUCUCCUUCCAUUCUGCAGCCUCAUGGUGCUACCACUGAAUGACAGACGCAUACACACACACACACACACACACACACACACAGACAUCUUCGCACACAUACACACACACACUGAAACACCACACACAUACUGACACACUUACACAUUCACCUCAUUCAGCUGGCUGAUUAAGUGUUUUACACCUCCAGACGAGUGGGGGUCAGUCUGGGAAGAGUUCCCACCAGGAGAGCUAGCCCUCCAACCAGCCGAUACGCUCCCUUGUGACAUCACUUCUCCUCAUCUCUAGGCUCAAUCUGAUUGGCCACUGAGGAUGGACAGAUAGCCAACAUGGGUUGUGUUGGGUUUUGUUUUCUAUGUUUGUUUGUUUUUAUCCUAAACUAGAUCACUUUUUCUCUCAGUCAAACUGGGAGGCUAAUCAGCACCAUUAACUUGAAGAUGAAUGUCUAAAACUAUGACCGGCUCCUGUCAGCGUUUUUUUUGUACUCUCUCCUUCCUCUGCUCUUCCCUCCCUCCUCCCCUCCUUCCUUGAACCAGAAUCACCUCCAGUCUCCCUGCUGAUCUGCUCUCUUCCUCCAGUCAUCUGACUCUCUGAGUUCACAUAUCAGGAAGAUUGUAAACAAGGACAUGCAUCUCAAUCAGUCUCAAUGGAAUAGGAGGGGUUUUUUUUAUGGGAGAGAAAAAAAACUUUUCCCAUUCCCUAUAAACCCUUUUCCCCCCCUCUCUGUUGCCAAAAAAAAUGUUCUGAAUCUACUAUCUCACAGUUUGGUGUUACAAAACACUGUGAUUAUUCGUUUUUUUUUCAAAAAGAAAAAUAAGUAAUAAAACGGUAAAAACUGUCACUUCAUCCUUUGACAGCCCGUCCGUCCAUCCUGCCAUCCUAUUACCAAGCGUGAUAACCGUAAACGUGUACAAUGUGUAAGUGUCACUGGCUGUCAGUCUCCAUGGAGAUUUCCGUGUGUGUUACUAUAUGCAGUAUAUACCAAGCUGAUGUAGCUGUUUUCUUGUCCUUUGUCUUCUCUGUGCUAUAACUCUAGUGUGGGGUGGGCGGGGCCUCCUGAGGCUCCUCCCCGGCUCCUCUGCAGUCCUAGUGAAACCAGUGGAGGUUAGUGGAUUUCGUGUGGUGGCCUUCCAAAUGUAGAGUCACCUUUUUUGCUGCUUCCUUUUGUCUGUAAGUUCCUUUCCGUUUUCUGCUAUUGCUUUGCUGUUGUGUAGUCUUACAGACCUCUCUAUCUCGCUCUCUUUCUCUCAGAGAUAAAAGACUCUUAACUAGCUCAAAGGUUUAUGGAGCCAUUUUUGCCACUGAGGAAUCUGGGAAUCGCAGUUUUCAGCUUGCAUAUUUACACUACUAUAGGAAUAUGAUGAGAAAAAGCUAAAGUAGCAUUUAGAUGUAGAAACUUCUGGAACCAUACGAGCCUCAGUUGUGAAACAUUCCCAGAGUCCCUUGUGCUUAUUGUAUGCAUUGGGUGUAUUUCAUUGGUUUCCACCUAACCUGUUGACUUCAAGGACCCUGCAACUCACAGGAUAAAUAAACAAAAAAAAAGAUUACGGUAGUAUUUCAGGACAAUAAACGAUUUUAAAGAUUUCUAAAGAAAUGAAAAGAAAAAUAUUUCGCACUAUAAAUCUAUUUUUAUAGGUGUUUUUGGAAAUGCAUGUUUACUAAGUUGGUUGAUUGUUUGGUUUUACUUGAUUCCGUUCGGUCCAGAAGCUUUGUCAACGUUCCAGUGUUUUAUAGUCUGUCCAGACAAUGGGUGGAGGAGCCUAAUGUCUAAUGAACUGUACAGGGCGACUCCCCCACAUCAGGAAACAACUCUGUGUGGUCUCUGUGACGAUGUGUUGUUCCUCUAAAUCCCAGGUCAUGAACUAAAUGUGUUUAUAAAAAGAGGGGUUGUGGGUGUUGUAGGCAGAGAGGCUUGGUCAGUUGCUGGAGAGCUGAGUGUCUCUAUGGUGAGAUUGAUGCUAAGCUAGACUUUAGUGUUUUCUACAUAGCCAGGAGGA